AGGGAAGCGAUGAGGCGGAGCGAUGAGGAGGGAAGGCUCGGAGGGCGGCGGGAUGGAGUCGUAAGGGCGGCUUUCCUCCCAAGAGCUCAUCCCCCUGGAGAAGGCGGGAGGAUGCAUGGCGGGCGGGGUCCUCCGCUUGGCUUCCUCCUCCUCCUCCUCCUCCCCCCACGAUCUGCUUCACAACAGCCCCGCAGGGGAUGAUCCGAACAAGGGAGGGAGCUUUCAGCCCUGCAUUUGAAACGCCCUGGACAGCUGCGGAGAUCCUUCGCUUGCGAGACGUCACCAUGUGGAACCAACCGGUCCUGGUGGAAUCGCUGGUGGUGUUUGCCAUCGUUCUUUGCGUGCACAGCGUCGUCUGGGACCGCUUCUCAUGGUCUGCUCUGGUCCUCGCUGUCCAAGCCUUCUACAUCCAGUUUAAGUGGGACCAUCUCCUCCGCCUGGGUGGGGCUGUGUUCCAGUUCCGGACCACAUCCAACAGUGGCCUCCUCCCCUCCUGUAUGGUCAUCCCUCUGCUGGGCAUUGUGAUGAAGGAAAGGUGCCGAGUGGCUGGCAUUGUGUACUUUGAGCGCCUGGGCAUUGUUGUGGCCUCCACCGGCAUGAUGAUCGCCCUCUUCCUCUCAGUGAUCGCCUUGGGCAUUACCAAGCCGGUGCCAACGAACACCUGCGUGCUCUCCGGGAUUGCUGGAACGCUGAUCAUCUACACCAUGAAGCAUUCCUUGACCGUCUCCGAAGUGAUCGAAGUGUUGGAGGUGUUGCUCAUUUUCGUCUACCUCAGCAUGAUCCUGCUGUACCUGCUGCCUUGGUGCUUCACCCCUGGCGAGGCGCUCCUGAUCCUCACCGGCCUCAGUUUCGUCCUCAACCAGCUCAUCAAGCGCUCCCUGAACGUCAGUGAGAACCGAGGGAGUCCUGUGGACUUUUUCCUCCUGGUGGUGGUGGUGGGAGUGGUCCUGUUGGGCCUCUCCUUCGCAGUGCUCUUUUUCUUCAUGGAUUCCACCACCUGGACCUCCUCCAUGUUCUUCCAUAUGAUGACCGCCGUCCUGAGCCUCGGCGUGGUCAUGCCUUGGCUCUACCGCCUGAUCCGCAGGAAUCCCUUGACGUGGCUCUUCCAGAUGCUCUCCCAAACCCAGGUCAGAAUUUACCUGCUGUGCUACUGGACCCUCCUGGCUGCUCUGGCUUGCGCGAUAGUCCUCUACCAAAACAUCAAGCGGUCCUCCGGUUCUAAAAAACACCAAGCUUCAACCGUCGUCCGGAAGUACUUCCAUUUCAUCGUAGUGGCCACUUACGUCCCGGGGCUGAUCUACGACCGGCAACUGUUGUAUUUGGCGUCCGUCAUCUGCCUGGCUGUCUUCAUUCUGCUAGAGUACAUCCGCUACUUCACCAUCAAGCCCUUCGGACAGACGCUCCGGCAGUUGCUCUCACUAUUCUUGGACGAGCGGGACAGUGGGCCUUUGAUCUUGACUCACAUCUACCUUCUGCUUGGGAUGUCCUUCCCGGUGUGGCUGGUGCCGAGGCCGUGCGCUCCCAAGGGUGUCUUGACGGGGGCAGGAGCCUUGGCUCCCUACUCGGGGGUUCUGGCUGUGGGCGUGGGGGACUCGGUAGCCUCCAUCUUUGGCAGCACGAUGGGAGAAGUCAAGUGGCCGGGAACCAAGAAAACUUUUGAAGGAACCAUGUCAGCCAUAUUUGCCCAAAUCAUUGCGGUUGCCCUGAUUGUGAUUUUUGACAGCUCUGUAGACCUGAACACCAGCUACUCCUGGAUCUUGAUCUCCAUCACCCUGGUGUCGUUUUUAGAAGCUUACACCACCCAGGUGGACAAUUUACUCUUGCCUCUGUACUUCCACAUCCUGCUGAUGCUUUAGCUACCCUGGAGGGGAUAGUGUUUUUCCUCCUGGAGCAUAAUCAGAUACGCCCAUCCUUUUAUUUCUUUGGUGUCUUUGGCCCAGGGUAGCAAAUAGAGACACCACGACCCCCCUCCCCCCUGUAAGUGAUUGCACGUUCAUUAUUUAAAGCUGAAAUGUAAUGAGGCUCCUCUUUGUGGGUUUUUUUUUUUUUAACAUGGCUUCUGCAGUAUAAUACGCAGCAAGGGUUUUCAAACUGUGAGUGGCCAUCCUCCAAGGGGUUGUUUUGUUCUUUUUGUCUUAAGCAGGAGAGGUUUGUUCAAGCAGUCAAAGGGCCGGCCGGACUUGAAGCCAGACACCCCAAGUUCUAGCCCUGCCUGAGGCACAAAAGCCAGCUGGGUGACUUUGGGCUAGUCUGUCUCAUCUCACCCCUUAGAAGAAGGAGGCAAGACAAACCAAAGAAAGGGAAGGGAGUUAACACUUUUAACAAGGCUGCUCAGGCUGACUCUGACAAAGCAGGAAGUGAAGCCCUAACUGGUUUGAGAGAAUGGUUGCAUCUCUGUUUCAGAUUAACACGGAAUUGGAUAAAUUUUAAUUUUUCUUGAGGAUCGUGAUCAGGAUUAUGACAUCAGCAAAGCAGGGUCUUUUUUAAAUUCUUGGGAGGCUAUUCAAAGCAAAACGGGCGCCAUUAGAGGUUUAAGGCAUCCAUUUUGCCCAUCAACA